AUGGCUGACGUGGCAGCGGCUGGGUCCCACUGCGCGCCGAGUCAACGCAAGUCGUCUCUUCCGCGGCAACAUCUCGUUGCCGGCGCCCGGCGGCGAUUCCGCCUCCGCCGAUCCCUCCAUUCCCUCCUCCUCCCCCUCUUCCUCUCCGCCGUCUUCUCUUCCGCCCCCCGGCAAAUCUCCGCAAAGGCGCGCCUGCAAGGCGACCAAUGCGCACUGCUGGCGGAGCAGCUGGCGGCGACCGCGCGCGUCGUGCCCGGGACUGUCGGCGUGGGCUUCGCGACGCCGUCACAAGCAAAGCACUGCCUCCGCUCCUUCCGCUUCCAAGCGUCGCGCGAUAUCCCCGUUAUAGACUCAAUCAUCAACGGUCUAGCGAACUUCUACGUUUACAGACACAUCGCGAUUAACUCACCCGAUGAGCGUCUCCCGAGCGACGUCGAUAUAGUAUCCUACCUGCGCGCGAUUCGAGAGAAGGCGUUAGCGGGGAAGGGGAUUAAGAGCCUGAUGCGGUUCCAGACAUUAAUCUACCGCGCACUAAUGAGUCUUAACGACGGCCACACGAUGUUCAGCUCCUCGUGCUUCCACCGAACCGCGUCCUAUUACCUCCCGCUGCCGCUCGUCGCCGUCGUCGAGGACGGUAACCAGAUCAUCCGCGUCGCGCCGUCCUCGCUGCUCCUAGAAGGGUUAGACGUGGCAGCGCUGGUGCUCCACCAGUUCGACUACUACCGCUACGAGGGCGCGCAGGUGAUGACCAUCAAUGGCGCCCCCGCCAUGGAGUACCUAUUAGAGUGGGCGGCGCGCUACGUGGGGCAGUACCGCGACUCGGGCGUGCGCUUCAAUCUGCUCUUUGCAAGAAGGGUUGUGUCCAAGGCAACGGGCGCGGUGAUUGCGACUCAGGGCGCGUUCGCACAGAGGAGUCUCGCGCCGACGAAUGACAGCGUUGUGGUGGAGCUGAUACUGGCCACGAGUGCCACACCAGUACUAGUAACGGUGCCGUGGGUGGCAGUGCUGCCGACCAAUUUCGACUCCGCCACCUCCUACUGGGCGGCAAACUGCGCCACCCCUCGCCAGCCCACCGCCUCUGCCGCUGCUGCUUCUGCCCCUGCUGCUGCUUCUGCCGCUGCUGCUGCUGCUGCUGAGGGAAGCAGGGGAAUAGGGGCAGCUGGGGUUGAUCUGGGGGCGCGCAGUAGGGCAAGGGGGACAGAUUGGGCUCUGGAUGCGGAUGGGGGGAGGGGGGAAGGUGCUGGGGACGCGGCGAAGGAGUGGGAGAGGGAGCGGUGGGGGGAGAGGGAACGGGGAGAUGGGAGAGGAGAAGAACGAGGGGAGGGGAGGGUGAGGAGACCUGGGCCUCUGCUGAGUGAGAGGCUGAAGAAGAGAGCUUGUGGCGUGGGGGCAUGGGUAGCAGAGGCCGCAGCAGAAAGCACCGAGGGAGCGGAGAGCACAUUGACAGGGAACGGAGCUGAGAGUGUAGGGAGUGCAGAGAAUGCAGAGAGCACGGGCGGGACAGAAGGCACAGAGAAGGGAGCAGAGCGCACAGUAGGAGCAGGGGUAUGGGGCAGCAGUCGGGCAGGGAUGGGCGACAGCAGCGCGGAGAGAGCGUCUGGGUGGCCGACUCUGGCUGUGGAGUUCCCAAGGCCCGACCUCGACGCCUGCCCCUCCCUGCUCCGCCCCCCUCCCCCAUCUCCUGCCGCCCCCCUGCUGUUCCGGUCCCAAUACCAAGCAGCGGCUGCUGCUGCUGAGUCUGCUGAAUCUGCUGCCCCUGCUGAUGCUGCUAGUAGUGCUGCUGCUGGCAGCAACGGGCGUGCCUCGUCAGCGCCAGCGCCGAAUGACCUGGCGGGAGCGCAGAAACUGUCCACAGCAACAGCGCUGAUUCCCGUGGGUGCCGUCUACCUGCUAGCAGACAACGCCACGGCAGUCAUCUGGCUGCACACCUUCCUGCCAGCAAUGGACGGCUCAGAUGAAGCCCUCAUCGCCUUCCUGCUCACCGAGAUCUCCACAGCCGUUGAUCUCGCCAACCAGCACGGCAAGCGAAUCAUAAUGGACGUGAGUGGCAACGGCGGGGGCUACGCCGACAUAGCAUACCUCCUGCUGCGCCUCGUGGCCGGCAAGCAAAAGGCCCCCAAGGGGCGCGUGCAGAUGCCACAGCAGCUGCUCAUAUCCAAUGCAUUCAUGCUCUCAUUACUGGACAAGCAGCUCACCUCGUUCUACCAGUGGGAUAAGUACGUGAAGGUUGACGAGGCCACGCCGGUGAAAAGCGUGCGGGAUUUCAAGCCGUUUCUGGAGGAAACGUUUUCCCCGGAUGGGGAGACCGGAGUGUACUCGGGCUUGUUCAAGCUCGCCGCGUUCCCCGGGCUUGAGAAGGUCCCGUUUCGGGGCCCGGUGUUUGGGGCCCGGCCGCUCGUUAUAGUCACAAACGGGAACUGCUUCUCAGCCUGCGCUAUAUUCACGCAUAAUCUCCGGAAGCGGUUCAAUGUGAAGCAUGUGACUGUAGGGGGGGUUCUGGGUCAACCCCUUGGGAUCAGCGCGUCUUGCAUGGGAGCGACCAUGCCGUCUUUAGAAACCGGAGUGACUAAUUUCCUAACCGGGACAAAACUCGCCAACCACCCGCGCGCGCCGAAGCCGUUUCCAUAUAAUGUGGUGCAAGGAGUGGCGGUGGUACAAGGGUAUGUGGAGGAUAAAGUGCCGUGUGAAUAUGUUUUUCUGCCCGGGGACCAGCAUGUUGACCUGACCAUGGAUAAAGUGGCCAACCCUGCGCUUGUGUGGACAGAGGCCUCCCAAUACUAUUAA